GUUAAAGCUUCAUGCUUUUACGCAAUUAACGCGCUCUACAAUUUUCAUUCCCACCAUUCCUUCGGUCAUUCAUCUCUUCUUCUUCUUCUUUUUCAUUUUCUCCUUUUUUGUAUUUAUACUUGCUUGAAAACGGCGUCUCGUUUCUUAUCUAGCAUCCUUCAUUAAAAUGACAUCGACUGUGCAGUCUCCCUCAGUCAACAACAGCAACAAAAGCGGCUUUCCACGCCUCUUCAUACUGAACCGCAACUACUCGUCCUGGUCUCUUCGUGCAUGGUUAGCAUUGCGGAUCCUUAAAGUUGACUUUGAAACUGAGGUGCUUAUUGUGGGAACGCCAGAUAUUCCAGAUUUAGGUUCUCCAGCAGCAAAUAAAUUGAUGCUACGCGCGGGCCCCACAGCAAAGGUGCCCGCGCUGCAUGUUGAUAAAGGGACUGGCGAUAAGCACAUCGUCUUUGAGUCGCUAGCUAUUAUGGAAUAUCUGGCUGAAGAUUACCCCCACUUAUGGCCUUCCGAUCGCUUUGAUCGUGCUUAUGCACGUUCGCUUGCCGCGGAAAUGGCUACAGGCUUUGGUGCUAUCCGGAACUACGCCAUGAAUCUCCGCGAGAACCGUGACUUUGAUCCAGAAAUGUAUAAUGACUCGGUCCAAAAGAACAUUCUGCGUCUUUCUAAUAUUUGGGAAGAGCUUCGUUCCAAGGCCGUUGGGGAGGAGGGUGAUGAGGGCUAUCUUUUUGGCCGUUUCACAGCUUUAGACGCAAUGUAUGCGCCCAUCAUGUUCCGUUUGCGUUCAUAUGGGCUGAGAUCUAAAGUACAAGGGAAGAAUGCAUCGGCUUAUGUGGAGUGGAUAUUGAAUAACGAAUACAUGAAAGAAUGGGAGGAGCAUGCCUCGCAUGAGACUGAAAUCAUUCCCUCUGACGAGCUUUACGAAAAGAAGUAGGAAAAUAAGCCGUUUUUACAAACACAGCAAUGAAUGAUCAAGAAAAAUAAAAUAGAUAUAUUGGAAGUG